AUGUAUUUUGCCAUCUUUUUCCAGGCUCCCACAGACCAACCACAGCUGAAGUUCAGAAGAGAAAGAGAACCAGAUGAUGACCUCAACCCACCUUUAGAAGUGACAUCAAAAUUAAUUAGUUACUCAUUUCUAUAUACUGGUAGUAUUAAACAUGACUUCAAUUCAGGGUUGUGUAUUGUUCCUGUAAGUCUGUUGUUACAGAAUCAUUGUGGUGUUAAAACAGAAAUAUUGAUAGACACCAGCCAAGUUAGUGAUAGACUUGGUACAACUCAAACUGGUGAUUCUCCUCAAAGACAUUCAGUACCUAUCAGUACUAGUUUUAAUUGGGUGGGACAAACAUUAGCACAAUUAUCAUUAGAUGUCGGUGAAAGUAAACAAGUUCAGCUCCGCGCUGGAUUUUGUCGUCCUGGAAUGUAUAACUUAAAUAAUUUGGCAGUAUUUGUGACCUUUGCUAAAGGUCAAUCUGAAAUGAUAGAACAGAAGCACACCACACCUAACAUUAUAACAUUGAUAGAUUUAUUUGAAACUUAA